AAACUGGAAACCACUGGGGAGUAUGGAUUGGCUCGAAAACAAAAGGGCCAAGUCCCUGCGGGUCUCCAAUGAGAGAGAGGCAUUUCAGCUGAAGAAGAUCCGGCGGUCUCUUGACUCCAUGAAGACGAUUAAUGACAACCUGCUGAAGCAAGAGGAGAGGAAGGUGAAAAAGUGGCUGAAGAAACAAGCACAGAUCUCACCCUCUUCUUCAGCCUAUAAAACAUUAUACUACAAGACGCCCAGCCACCCUGCGUCCAGCCAAGAACAAUUCACAGACACUCACACAGUCUCUCGGAAAGAUUCCUUCGAUAGCCCGUGGACCCAGUUUGGUGACCAUCUGCCCAACUUUGUGAGCUUCCUGAGACUCCCAACCAAAAGGUCAAGCAAUGAACGGAAGAAUUCCAAGGAUCUCACACCUUUCAGUGGAAUGGAUUUGCCCAUGCAGACCAUCUCGGGCAGACAUGUAACUGCACCCAGAAACAGUGUUUACCAUGGGUUCCAACCUUACAGAGACACCAGGAAGGGAAGCAGCCCUGGGGGGCCUAGCCAGGACAACAGCAUAUCACUCCAAGAAGCCAUUGCAUUCUUCCCUUCCUUGCAAAGGUUGUCAGCGAGGGGAGACCGGGUCUCAAUGUCAACACUGCUUCUCCAUAAGCCACUCUCUGCAUUCCCAGCAUUGCAGAAAAAGCUCAAAAGCUUGCUGGAGAAAGAAUGGGAGGAAGAGAACUCAAAGCCUCUCAAGCUGCUGCCUGAGAUUAAGCCUGAAGAAUUUUUGAGCUGCAGGUACCUCCGUUUGUCCCAGAGCAAUAUUGAUACCUUGCUGAAGCUGUGCAAGGAAGCUGGGAUUUAUAUUGACUUGCAUCCUCAUAUGAAAGCAUCAGACAUUGACGUUUGUAAGGUGCUCUCAUCCACUCCUAGCAAGGUAUUCUAGAUUGGACCUGUUGCCCAAAUCCGGUUGCAUUGCUUAGAAGACAGCCUCUUAGGGGAACAUUUCCACCACCACCUAUACUUGGAAGAGCCGGUCGCUUUUUGGAGUC